CCAGCCAGCUGCAGCAAGUGUGCUGAGAGCCAGGAGAAAUCAUCAGGAAAUUCCCUGGGUAUUCUAACUCGUGACAGCAACAUCUUAUUAAUCAUCAGCCAUCUAGUGUGAUCCCCACCCACAACAUAAGGGGACCUGUUGUGACUUCAGAAAUCUGCCCACAGGUUCUCCAGACAACUCUUGUUGUCCAACAACUUGUCCUGACCAAGGACCCCAGGCUGAUGGGGGCCCAGUUCUGCUACCAUGCUGCAAGUAAAACGCCCCUGGAAACCCUGCGCUUCCAUGCGGAGGCCAAGGGCGCACAAGUGCGCCUGGACUCACAGGGGAGCAUCGCCAGCCGCUGCGCCACGUUCCACGACGGCAUCGUGUUCAGCCAGCGGCCGGUUCUGCCCCGCGAGCCGGUGACUGUGCGUGUCCUGAGGCACGAGAAGCAAUGGCAGGGGGGUCUCCGCGUGGGUUUCACGCGCCUGGACCCUGCUCACGUGCCAGCGUCCAGCCUGCCGCCCUACGUGUGCCCAGACCUGGUGCAGCAGAGCCCAACGUGGGCGGCUGUGGUGCCUGAAUGCUUUGUGCUGGAAGGGAACGUGGUCAGUUUCUGGUUCAGCCGGCACGGCUGGCUCUUGGCUGAGGUCAACGCUGAGCCCCCGAUAGUGCUACGCAGGGACGUGGCCAUGGGUGCACCACUCUGGGCUGUGAUGGAUGUGUAUGGAACCACCAAGGCCAUCGAGUUGCUGGACAACACCCUUCCCAGGACCAUGCCUUCAGUCCUCAGUGGUGAUUUUCUCCGAGAUCCUAAAGACACAGCAGGACAAGAGUGUGCUGUCUGCUUUCAUGAUGCUGCCAAUACCUACCUUGUUCCCUGCGGCCACUCAGACUUCUGUUACCACUGUGCCUGGCGGGUUUUCAGGGAAACAGCCAAGUGCCCAAUUUGCCGCUGGAAGAUAGAAGAUGUGGCCCGUCUCCACCUAUGUUGAGGACUAAAGAGGGACUCCCACCGUGAAUGACAGAUUGGACCUUGUUCUGAGUCUGGCUCCUGUAGAGGGCAGAGAUAUAGUCCUGCCUUAUUUCUAAAGAAGAACCAGAAAGAUUGGUCAACAAUAGCAAGAGGGAGCUGAGAGAUUGCUGGCUCUUCUCCUCUUCCCAGCAGGUUGGGGCCAAUGAAGCAAGGAGGGGCCAUUUUUUCCUGUCCACACUUAUCUUCAGGUUCUCCAAGAGAACUAUCUCCCUGAUGGAAUGCCUGGCUGCAGAAAGUGGCUCAGCUUCUCUGGGCUCUACCUAGUUUGUAGUGCGAUGGCCAAGUGCACCAAAAGGUGGGACCCGCUAUGGUGCCUCCCUCCAAAAGAUGGUGAAGGAAACUGAGAUUAUCCAACAUGCUCAUUCUGUGGAAAAUCCAAAAUGAAGAGACAAGCUGUGGGCAUCUGACACUGUGGUUCCUGUCUGAAAACCGCAGCUGGUGGUGCCUGGACCUACAAUACUGCUUCUGCCUUCACAGUAAAGUCUGCCAUCAGAAGUCUGAAGGAAUCGAAAGGCCAAUAGAAGUGCUAUCAUUUGAAACAUUGCUAACCUGUAAUAAAUAUGGGGGAAAGAUGUGGUUCAA